UGUCAAAUUAUUCAAACAUGUCACUUUUCUGACUGGUGAGUCGUCUUCAAAUUCUGCUCGAUAUAAGUAUAACACAUAUAACUUAUUAGUUUUGUUAUCUAAAUAAGUAGAACCUAUGCCCCGAUUGUCCGACACGUACGUAUUUUUUUAAAGAGCUUGAUUUGGGGCUCCAGGUUGCAGGAACAAAUGUCUGCGAAUUGAGUAUGUCGUACUCUAAGCUCCCGAAUAAUUUGACCUGGAACAUGUCACCUGCUCGCAGCUUCUUUUCUCCUGAUUUAUAUCGAGUUUAUCGUCCUGGAUUCCAGGGUGAAAAUUACGCUCCUAACAGACUGGAGCGCUGUAGUACGUACAUGUUGUACGCCGUGAAAUGCUUUUGGUUCGCGGUAAAGCUGUGCUCCCCUUUGUGGAUAUUUGCGAUAUAUCGCCGCGGUGCAUCAGCCGAGAGGAAUGACGAUGCUGAGCAUCCAGAUGGCGCACUGGGGAAGUUCCUGCUUCCCGUCUUGCGGCCCUUUAUGUUCGUCAUGUCCGUGGCUGGCCUGGCGUACGCAUUUAGAUGGACCGGGCGACGAUUCAAUCACACCUACCGUCAGUUUAUGACGGAUUUUGACGCUUUUCACAAGCGCAGGACGCCGGAGAAUUAUGAGAAUUUGAUGAAGAAGUAUGAUUUUGACUGUGCCAGCCAGUAUCACAUCCCCUGCGUUUACAGCACCAAAGCUGCGCUCCGACGCCCGAUCGUUGCCGACGCGCUUAUUGGCAAGGACAUGAACGUGCUGGUGCGCAGUGUGUACAAAGUGCUGGCGCUGCUGCUGCUCAAAACAAUCGGUCGUCGAUUGCUGUAUCCUGGUUCUUUGAAGUUGUUCAAUCUGGCCAUCAAACAGGCACUGACCGAUGGACGCGCGAAAAUCAUGGAAAAUGCUCAUAUCCGUGCUCGUCAUGCAACAAUCGGAACAUCAGAUGGCAACACCAUCGACACGAUGUUUGUGGAUAAUCGUUCUGCAUCGGCCUCCCUGGGCAACACUCUGGUCAUUUGCUGUGAAGGCAACGCUGGUUAUUACGAGCUGGGUAUCAUGAACACACCCAUGCAUCGCGGAUAUUCCGUCUUGGGCUGGAAUCAUCCAGGCUUUGGCUAUUCGACGGGUGAACCGCUGCCUAGUCAAGAGCUGCAUGCUGCCGACGCGGUAAUGCGCUAUGCUAAAGAGCAUCUGGGCUUUGAUGAGGCCAACAUCUUGCUGUUCGCCUGGUCAAUCGGGGGAUUUCCGGCCAGCUACUUGGCAGCUAGUUACCCCAAUGUGCAGGGCGUCAUUCUGGACGCUACUUUCGAUGAUCUCCUACCACUCGCACAUGCACGUAUGCCCCGAAGUCUUUCGCACAUCGUCACAUUCGUUGUGCGGCACUAUUUGAAUUUGAAUGUUGGGGAUUGGUUGUGUCAGUACGACGGGCCAGUCUUAUUGAUUCGCCGUACGCUGGACGAAAUUCUGGCUAUCCACGAUACCACUAGGGAUUUCAUGGUUAAUCGCGCGGAUUUCCUGUUGACUAAGAUUUUAUCACAUCGUUAUCCACAUAUUGUUAACAGCGGAACGAAAGACCUUUUGGAUCAAUGGCUCAUGUCCGAUGCCAAGGAAAGAGAAACGAUGUAUAUUGAGUAUUUGCGCGGUGUAAGUGAUGACGAUCUUAGCACGCUGGUAGAGAAUUACCUAGCGGAAUGUGCGAUUACCGAACCAAGCGGAAUUCGUUUCCCGCUGGACAUCGGAAAAAAUCUGGACGCUAGCAUCCGUCAGCAUUUAACGUUGUAUUUGGCAAAACUGCAUAUGAAAGAUUUGGAAGAAACUCACUGCACACCUUUACCACCAAAUCUGUUUACAGAUCCUUGGCAUCCGUUUCAGAAGAUCGUUUGAUACUAAGGUCGCGGGCUACGAUCUGCGCUGUUUCUAAUACCUGUUUGUUCGUUAUUAAAAAAGCUGAAAUAUCUCAGCGUAUGAUUGAUAUAAGAAAGUACAUUAUCCUGUUUCGAUUUUUUAACGGUUUGAUUUCGAAAGCAUUCCGGUUGGAACACUUUUGUAUAAAAUUCAUCUGACAUACAAUUUCGUGCAAUGCACACAAAUUUAUACAUGAAAAGUUGUAAAAAUAAAAAAGGCAACGGUAAAAGAUCAAC